AAUAUCCAGAGUCAGAGCUUCUGGAAACACAUCCAAGAUUCCGAGCUCAGACUUCUGAAUUCAAGACACAUUUUGAGAAAAUUUGCUUCUGGCAGAUUUGAAUCUGGUGGGUGCUUGUCACUCUCUGUGCCAUGGAAGUCGUCCAAAUAGCCAGCUUAGCCUCUUCCCUGGCUUCUAAGAUGAUGGCAUCCAAGAUGAUGGCGGUGAGCCUGGCCAAGGCCACCUUGGCGGCAUGCGGCAGUACCCUCGCUGGACUUCCGUCCACAGGACUCACCUUGUCGUCCACCACCGCUGCCCUGAGCCAGGCCACAGCUUCCCUGGGAUCCCUGCUGGGGACACUGAGUGGCCCCUCCCUGGUGGGAUCCCCAGCUUCGGCCAUGAUUAUUUCCCCACUCGGAGCCAAGGUUGCUGUGGCUGUGACAGGAGGAGUCGUGGCCGUGGGGGCCGUGCCCGUGGUGCUGGGAGCCAUGGGCUUCACCGGGGCGGGCAUCACCGCCUCAUCCCUAGGGGCCAAGAUGAUGUCCGCCGCCGCCAUUGCCAACGGGGGCGGAGUCGCUGCGGGCAGCCUGGUGGCUACGCUUCAGUCCGUGGGAGCGGCUGGACUCUCGCUGUCAUCCAAAAUCAUCCUGGGCUCUGCCGGGUCUGCCCUUGCGACCAGCAUGGUCAGCCUGUAGUGCUUUCCCGCCUCUCCCUGCAGAGAAGAGCCCCCGAUAGGGCCCCGCCCGCCAGCAUGAUGCGGGGAGGACCGGGUCCUUGGAUGACAACGUGCCUCAAACGCUGCCCCCCACCCCCCAGAGGAAAACAAAGAAUAAAAACUAGUCCUUGCAUCUC